CUCAAUUUUGACAACGUACACAAGCGGCAUUUUAAGCUUAUCGUUACAGGAUGGUCGUUAAAAUUACCAAAGAAGAUGAACAAUUGCUGGAAGAAUACAGCCAGGCUGCAUCUAAAAACUCAGACAAGCUGGUUUAUGUCAACGCAUUUACCAUAUCUUUGAUACCUAUCUGGUUGUUUUGGCGCAUACAUAAAAUGCCACUUAUAGCUAAUUCCUUCUUAUAUGCUGUUGUUACAGUUGCCUCAGCUUUUUUAAUGUCUCUAGCGUAUAAAAACUCAAAAACACCUUUAAUGGAGAGGAUCGCUGUUCGUCGAACUGAAGCAAUUUCUAAACAAGUCAAUGCUCAAGCCGGUAAAGACAAAAAUAUGUCUAGAAAAAACAGGGAAGAUAGCAUCCGCGAACUGACAAAGAAAGUUGCUGAUCAUGAAUCGACAACAUUCUCAAUAUUUUACAAUAACUGUUUGUUUAUGCUGAUACUAUUGCUAUUAUCAGCUGUUCUUCAUCAUUUUUCAAGUCCUGUAAAUUACUCAGUGUCGAUGUUGAUUGCUGCAGGUUCCGCAGCUUUCUUAUCAUCCGGAAAAGGAUCAUUUUGAUAAUAUGACUAAUAUAUUCGUUUUGUA